CGGGAAGACAACCUUUUCAAGGUUACGCCAUCGGUUGGGUUUCACGUGGUUUUGGAGAAUUCUCGUUACUGAGCUGCGCUGAAUAAAGAAUGGUCAGGAAAUGCAUGAAAAACAAAAGUAAACGAGUGACGUGUCACAAACGAUACAAAAUUAUCAAGAAGGUGAAAGAGCAUCAUCGCAAGUUACGUAAGGAAGCAAAAAAGAAUUUGAAUCGACAUAAAAAAGAUCCAGGUAUCCCAAACAUUCUACCCUUCAAAGAAAGUUUUCUAAAAGAUGUUGCUGAGGCUAAGAUAAAGCUAGAAGAAGCAAGACUUAAAAAUCUGGAAUACUCGCGAACGUAUAAGCCUCCGAAACACGAAGAGAUAACUCCUUCUGCAGUUCAGCACGACGUUAAAGACGUCAUAAACCAAUCUGAUGUUAUAUUGGAGGUAUUAGAUGCUCGUGAUCCAUUGGGUACACGCUGUCCAGAUAUAGAAAAAAUUGUCCUUAGUGAAAACAAACGUUUAGUCCUGCUCAUCAAUAAGAUUGAUCUUGUCCCACGGUCUAACCUCGAGGCUUGGGUAAAUUACCUACGCAAACACCACACGGUCAUCACAUUUAAAGCAAAUACUCAGCGUCAGAGUAACCAUCUGUCUUAUGGAAAACCAUAUCUUCUCAAGGAUGGAAAAAUGCCAGCGAAAGGAUUCGGAACUUCUGAAUUAUUAUCUUUGCUUGCAAACUACUCGCGCGAUCCAAGCUCUGAUCAAUCCGACGCAAAUAGCCGUAUUAGCUUGACUGUUGGUGUUGUCGGCCUUCCGAAUACUGGCAAAAGCGCACUCAUAAAUACACUAAAAAGGCAAAAAGUGUGCGUCAGUGGUAAUGUUCCUGGUUUAACACGCCAGCCUCAACGCGUACGAAUUGACAAGAAUCUAUUUCUUCUCGAUACCCCGGGUACCUUGGUUUCAAAAUCAUCUGACGCCUCAGAUCUUGUAUUGAAAAAUUGCAUAAAGCCAGAAAUGCUUUCUGAUCCUGUUCCAGCUGUUGAAGCUAUAUUACGUCGUUGUUCACAAGAGCAAUUAAUUUCUAAAUAUAAAAUUGACCAGUAUAAUAAUGUUUCGGACUUUCUAGUUAAAUUAGCACAUCGUUUGGGUCGAUUGAAAAAAGGUGGUGUUCCAGAUACUACCAUGACAGCACGUUCUGUAAUUAACGAUUGGAUUACUGGAAAAAUCACUUACUUCACGGAGCCUCCGUGUACUGAUACUGUAGAAGAAGACAUCAAUUUAUCUUUAAAAGAUCAUGCAAUGGAUAUCACUGAAUUUCCUACAGAUUAAUGAAUUCAAAUGUUUAAAAGUGUAAAUAUAACAUUGUUUUAAUGAAUUUUUCUUUUUUGACCUGAUAAAUAUUGAUUUCAA